CAAAGGGUACAGAGCCAGUGUGUCAGGCAGGGGAUUUCCAGCCAGUAUGCACAUAUAAGCGGGACACGAGGCUCUUUUCCUCGCCUCCGGCUUCUGCUCCCUUGACUACAGACAUGGCAUCUGGUGCCUCCUGCGUCUGUGUGGAGGUCUGUUCUGAGGAAUGGACAUCAAUGACCCUCACUGCUGACGUGGACGACAGAGUGAAGAAGAUCAAUGAAUUUGUCCGGGCUAAGACUAAGGUUCCUGUGCAGGACCAGGUCCUUCUUCUGGGCUCCAAGACUCUCAAGCCCCAGAGAAAGCUGUCUUCCUAUGGUAUCGACAGGCAGACGACCAUCCACCUCACUCUGAAGGUGGUGAAGCCCUGUGAGGAGGAGCUGCCCUUGUUUCUGGUGGAGGCCGGUGAUGAGGGGCAGAGGCAUCUCCUCCAGGUGCGAAGGGCCAGUUCGGUGGCCCAGGUGAAACAGAUGAUCGAGAGCAAGACCGCUGUAGUGCCUGAGAAACAGAUUGUGGUUUGCAACGGCAAGAAGCUGGAAGACGGGAAGACCAUGGCAGAGUAUGGCAUCAAAAGAGGCAAUUUACUCCUCAUGACAAAGUACUGUGUCGGGGGGUGACUGUGCCAUGGUGGGUGGUACCAGGAGCAGAAGUGCGAACUGUUAGCCCUUACUCACCCCCCACAUCCUUUGAUGAUUUCCCCAAAUUAACAGGAAAGAUAGAGAAGAUUUGAGGUGAAGUGGGGAGGAACGGCUGCAGAGAGCACUCUGUUUUCUAAUUCCCGCGUUUCUUGAUCUCACAUAAUUGAUUAGGUGACAAGAUUGUUUAUGUGACUCAAGUAGAACAUAAAUUUUUAAGGCACAGUAGACAGCAUCAAAGCCAGCUUGCAAUUGAAUCUUUUCCUAGUUCCCUCUGACUUAUAGAGAAACUCCUAUUUCCUCUUCUAUCCAACAAGAUAGUGUAAGUUUUAGAUUGGGAUCCAUGUUCUACUAAUUUCUGUGUUUCCACUGAUCUAUUUCAUCUGUAAUAUCACACCAUAUGUUGAACCAAAUUGAAUUUCUGCUUAUAGAGAACAGUGAAAUGAUACAUCAUAAAUGAAUUACUCUGAAAUGAUUACAAGCUAGUUAAUAAAGAAUUUAGAAAUUCAAAUUAAAGUA